GCCCUCCAGUGUUUCAGCUCCCAUGAGGGCGGCUCUUUAAAUUGCCCCAAAACUGCUCCUGGCUGGCGCCUUUUUCCCUCCCUAUCUGCUCGAGACAGGGCGCACGUGCCAGAAGACGUCGUCGGAUCAAACUUUUACCAUCCGCAGGUGAGACAUUAAAAACAUUCACCUCUUCAAAACGUGAAUUUUAGCGGUGCUUUUUUAAUUCAGAAGUGCUUUUUCGGCGCUGCAUGAGCUGGGAUUUGGAAGGGGCGGGCAGUGUGUUGUCUGACGAAUAAAAGCUGUAGCCUAUAGAUCGGUGCAAGGCUUUUAACCGGGUACAGCCAGCCGGGCUUUAAGGAAACAUUUCGUCUUAAAUUGAGAGCAGGGGUUGUAACUGAGCGAUAGAGGUGAGUGCGAGGAAACUGUCGAAACUCUGCAUGCGAUAGUCGUUUAAGAAAUUAUCCUCUAAGUUUGGUUUGAAGCGCCGGAGCUCCGGUGAGAGGCUGUGCUCGCAUGCUCUGAACGCGGAGCCGUCUAUUGUUGCUCCGGCCCGGGCUUUCACCGCCGCGGGUGAACCCAGUUACCUCUCUCGCCUGCAUAUUUCUCCGCGUCCUUGCAUGGUUGCUUUUAGCCUGCAAACCCCGUAGAGCACACACACUAGCCAUUGUGAGUGUAUUCAGCGUUGUGGAGAUAGUUUUUAUUCGCAGGCCCCGAUUAACCGGCCACAACAGCUAGGGCCUCUAAACAUGGUCAGUGCGGGGUUAGGCAGCGUCGGGUCUAGCCGUGUUAUGCAGGACUUUGUCGGCCUCAAACCGCUUUGAAACCCCCGAACCAGUUUGACAGAUAUCCCCCGUUUUCGAGGCACUGUCGCCGGUGUAACAGAGCGCGGAUGAGACCGAAAUAGAGCUGGAAAUAAGUGCGGAUUAAUUGAGUUAAACCGGUUCGGUUUGUUGUUGCGGUCAAUGAGUUUAAAUGCCCUGGUAUUCUCUCUCUCUACUGCUGUGUGUGUGUGAGUGAGUGAGUCUGUGUGUGGAUGUGUGUGUGGGUGAGUGGACUCGACGCCUAUCCUGCAAUAAGCUUAGACGGCGUGAUUUAUCUCCUGUAGGUCUGUUAAGGAAAAAAGAGCAAGCAUGAGCGACAAGGGGACAGUUUCACCGAAGGAAAAGGAGGCACCAGAGAAAAGGGGGCGUGGAAGACCCCGCAAGCAGCCACAGGUAAACACCUCUGACGUAAGUGAUUUAUAUUUACAUUUGCAAGAUUUAAAAAAAAAAAACUAACUUGCAUGGUUUUGAAGUAUGCAUGCACAAAAUCAGACCCACAUCUCUUCCUGCAUAACAGCCAGGUAGAUCUAGCAGGUAGGAUGCGCAUGAUGUAAGCCCCCCAGAUCAAAUCCUGAUCCAUCAUUACUCUAAACAUGGCAGCAGAAACCAUCUGUGACCAUUCUCUCACCUGUUAUCUGUGUAAAUGUAGACGCCACGCCACAAACUUCCUGUGUGUCUCACCAGGUUUGUAAGCAACCUGUAACCCAACACCUUUAAACUGGUUUUAACCCCCCACCCCUCUCCACCACCACCUCCUCCUCCUCCUGCUUUACAAACCCACCUCUUCUCCGCUCUCCUCUCCUCGUCAUGUAAUGGAUGACAUAGCAGCGUGGAGGCUCAGAAUGGCUCAUAUAGCUGUCACUCAGCGCCGGGUGUUUUAGGAUUGAAUUGCUCAGUUGCUAAGAGCUGCGGUUGUAAACACUGAAGAAACGCAACAGGAGAUGAGUCGGCCAUGGCAUAACUUACAACCACAAAAUUGCGCAUGAACAAGAUGUCUGCUCUCGCACUGAGGUUACCUUGCAUGAUGGUAUUGCUGAUAAUCCCCUAAAAUAUCAGCUUCUAUGCCCUUCUGUCUACACCUCACUGCGGUUGCUCGGUCAAUAGUUUUCUGUCUGUGUGACCAGACGUCACGUCAGACAACCUGCAGCUUUGACCACCUGUCAGCCUCCUGACCGAGAAACAUGCAUGCAUGCAUACAGUGCUUGCAACUACUAUAAAGUGCAGCUUUUAUGUAAGAUAUUGAUGUAAGCUAACUCUUUGCUUCCUCUGUCUUGAAUCCUCUAGGAACCAAGUGGAUCUCCUACUCCAAAGAGGCCUAGAGGACGGCCGAAGGGCAGCAGAAACAAGACCCCCAGCAAGGGCAAAGUGAGUCACCCAUGUCCAGUGUCAUGAUUCGAACUAACAAGCACCCGGAGUCAUCAUGAGGCAUAGUUGUGUUGUCUUAGUUCCCCUUUUCUUCGAACGUGAUGCGCGUCGGUUGAUGAGCAUGUAACGGCAGCUAACCUCAUCCUCUUAAAAGGACGUCCUGCUGUUGCCUGUGAUAUAUCUGCUGGCUGCGAUUUAGCUGCUUCCUUUUUCAAAGUGUCAGAAAUAGCCCGGCUAAGGUUUCCUAUUGUAAAAGACCUCUGUUUACAGCCUCACCAUUUCUUUUUUUUUUUGUCUUAAGAGAUGCUCACUGUGCACUUCCUGUCCUCCAGCUUCCUGCAGCUUGUCAUGCACAGUGCGGUGCAGGUGCAGAGGCCGCAAAGACUGUUUCCAAGCUGACACUAAGCACCCCUCCGCCCCCACCCAGCACACAGCCCUAGUUCUUCUCUGCCUGUCGUCUCCAUAGCAACAACUGAUUUUCUCCCUCGCCCCAGCCCUCCAGCUCCCCCGUGCGCUCUCUCGUCUCUGCUAUGUAUAGGAAAACGGAGACGGAGAGGGAGAAAUCUGGAGAGGAGAGCGCAAACAUGUAUGAUAUAGGUUUUAGCAGCGAGAGCCAAAGCUGUGGAGGGUUUGUGUCUCUGCGCAGUUCCACCAGCUGUCUCUGAGCCUCAGACCAGGUGGCCAACGAACUGGAGUGCCCUCUGUGCAGUUCCUGUCGGCCUUCCAGAUAAUAGCCAAUGAACCCAAUGCCCCCUUUCCUUCUGGAUCUUUAGAAAGCUUCUGCUGCCAUCUGCAGGCUGCAGCAGAGAGAGCUCCCUGAGAUAUGCGUUGUUUACACCUCCAGGCUUUUGCAACCGAAAUAUGGAGCUCGUUCGCUUGUGAAAAACGCUACAAAUGCAUGUUCCUGCUGCUUCUCUUUCUAACAUUGGUGUUUUCUUUCCACAGAAGGCAGCAGCAGCCCCAUCUGCAGGUGGAAAACGCAGAGGAAGACCUAAGAAGGAGGUAAGGGAACAGCCAGGGCUCACAUGGGUUUAACGAUUCCUCCACAAAUUGAAUUAUGAUUGGUAUGAAUGUCUGCAGGGCGGAAUUGCAUUUAUCCGAUUCCCCUUCUGCCUCCUUCCUUUUUAACUAGCCUUUUUUUUUUUCACACACCAGUUAUUUUUGAUUCCCAGUAGCUUCCGGAUCGUGUAAUUUUUUCCAACCUGUGAAAUAACGGCACAGUUUUCUUUCUGAACCAGCGAAACGAGCCACCAGCCGGUCAAAGAUGCAGCUAAUCUUGGAAAAAAUUGUGGUCUUGUAGUAACAUUCUGUCAUGUGCAUGAGUGGUUAGGGCGUACUCUGAAAAGAAGACGUCUGGAUUGAAUUAGUCACAGAAAGGAAUGACCCAGAGUUACCCUCCUAGCUUACCCGCUCAUUUUUAUGAAUGAACAUCCCAGGCUGCAGAGAGUGUGAGCAGGGAGGGAGAAGAAAAAAAAAAAAAAACCCGGCAAAAGCAGGAUGCUUCAUUGUGACUCACCACGCUCAUGAAUCACUUUUCACUACAGAUGGCUCACCCUUCCACUGGGUGUUCUUCAUGCCACAGUGGUUUAUCAAACAGAUUUAUAAUAACAUUGAUUUUUUUUUUAUACGUCGGUGCUUGGGGUUUAAAGCGAAAACAGUCAAGCUGAGGCAUGAAUCACCGGUGGCCAUUGUUGAUGGCACAUUUUCCUGGUGGGUGUAGCCAGAGCCUGACCAAAUUAUAUUAUUUUCCUCCCUCUUGUCAUAGGAGAAGGAAGAAAAGGCAUCCCAAGAAUCAUCCGAGGGGGAGGGGGAAGAAGAAGAAGAGGACCAGUAAUUCACAACGCAUGCUACCUCACUCAACAUACUGACUUACUGUUAACCAGAACUGGGCUGUAUCUCCAACACCAGUGCCACCACAUGACCACUGUUCACGACAAAAGCCCCUCUUUUUUCCCGCCAAAAAAGAUAGGGUUAACACAGUACAAAUAUCAUGCAACAGCACUGGAUAGAACGAUGGACCUUGCUCAAGCAUAGAUCUAAGACUUACAUGAAAGGUGUCAGCCCUUUUCUCUACAUGUCAUGUAUCACAAAGUCUUUUAUACUGGACAAAAAGCGUGCUCAGACGAGCCUGGACGUUUUCUGUUUUCCCCUAAAGAAGGUUCUUAGGACAUUUUCUCUCCGCUUAAUGUUACUUAUAUGUUGUACCCGCAUCUGGGAUAGUAGGGCGUUUAGAUUUUUCUCCAUGUUUUGUACUGGACAAAGGUGAAUUUUACCGAUAACUUGCUGUUUUUAUUUUUCGUUCCAUGUAUGUUUUGUGUGAAGUGGUUAACCUCUCCUUUUGCAUCGUAUUCUUAGAUGGAGUUGAGCUUCAGCGUGUAUGAUGAGAAUAGGUAACCGAUGGUAGAAGUGUUCUUUUUCCAUUUCUAAACCACAUAACAGAUUUCUCCCCCCGCCCUCUUUUCUCACGAGUAGAGCAGAGUCAUGUUAACCACCUUUUUUCCUCCUGUAGGUCAGUCUAGAUUUAGCUCUUCAGGCUUUCUGCGCGGUCCUUGGCGUGUAGAGGGGAGGUGUAAGUGUAUCGUUAGUGUUCAGAAUAGAUUUACUGUUUUUGUUCCUUCGGGUUACAUACCAUUUAAAAAAAAAAACAUGAGUGUGCUGCUUUUUCAUGAUAUAAUAAACUCAACCUUGUUUGGUAUAUAACGUGUGUUUUUAUGGAUGGCAGAGUUCUAGGCUGAGAGCAUCAGUGUCGUUUCUUCAGGGAGCUUUUACAAAUGCUGUUAUAUUUGGCGUCUUUGUCUCACAUGGGUCCUCCGUUUUUUGUUUUUUUUCCUCCAAGCGCGCACCCAAUCACUCGUCAGGCAAAUCUCAAUCGGUCAAACGAUGAGUUUGAUUGUAUCAGAGGAUAGCUGGUGGCACCUCUAUCCAAUAGGGCUGUUAGUUUUUUUUUUUUCUCCUUUUUUCAUUCCAUCUAGCUCUCACUGCUACACCUCGCUUGGUCCCUCUGUCAUCACUUAUGCCGCUUUUCCAUGACACAGUUUUUGCACCUCGACUCUUCUCGGUUUUCCAUUACGAUUGAACGCGUGGCGGGUAUUAAAAAGGUACCUAGUACCAGGUGACCUAGUGGAACCCUAAAAACCGAGUGGAGCCGAGUAGAUGCUGGUGGAAAAGCACCAUUAGUACAGUAUAAUACAUUUUCUUAGUCUUGACGUGUGUUGUUUGUAUGCUGUCUGCUACAGGAAUAAAAUUAAAGGUGUUUGUGUAUUUCAAAGUGUCAGGGAACCCGCGGUCACAGUCCACUUAACUGGGUUUUUUCCACACACCUAAGCUGCUACAACCUCAGUUACGAAACCCGGAAAACUGCAAGCAGGCGAUACAAGGCCUGGGAUUUCAUACCUCACUUGACAGCUUACUUUACCAUAUAUUGAUUGCAUUUAGCUGGUUUUCUGUUGUUUUUAAAUGUAACCUCUGGCAGUUUGGAAAGAUGUCGAUUACAAAGUUUAUUUUUUUUCUUUAAAGCCUGACUGUAACGAGUUGAUCAUAAAAUUUCAACUUUGUGACUUGUGUCUUUCGGCUCCUUCAGAACCCGAGCUUGCAGACAGGUGUGUUUUUUUUUUUUUUUUUUUGUUAUGUGUGAAGCAAGUCAGGGAGACCUGUCAGCUUGACGACUGUGUUCGCUGACUGUGGUAGAUUAGCAGGUGUGUUUUUAAAUUCUUCUGGUGCACUGAAAUGUUGGUUCAGAUUUUCAUGGACAAAUGUUUGUGUGUUUGUGAUAGACUGGGCGCUCUUUCCACUUUACUUGUUCUGUUGGCCCGCUGUGUGUUUGGCAAUACGACGCACACAGUCAGCCGCCCUUGCCAUACUCAUCCAACGGUCAUUUCAUGUCUCUUCCCAACAUCCUCUGGACAAUAUCAGCGUCAUAUAUCAUUUCAACAUCUUGCAUCUGUCAUUUAUAUACUGUAAACUCAACAGGAUGGGAUCAUUCUUUUUAAUGUACACCGUAUAUAAAUGUACAAUGUCUAUAUUUCUAUGGUGCCCUACAACAAUUUGUAUCAGAAAUGGUCAAUAAAGAGAAUUUUCUUUGUCAUU